AUGGAUACUGACUACACUAAAUUCGUGAAGAGAUGCCAUGAGUGCCAAAUCCAUGGGAAUUUGAAUCACCUAUCGCCUAGUGAACUCUACAGUAUGACUUCACCAUGGCCAUUCUCGAUAUGGGGCAUAGACAUUAUUGGGAAGAUUUCUCCAAUGGCUUCUAAUGGCCAUAGAUUUAUCAUUGUGGCAAUUGACUAUUUCACCAAGUGGGUUGAAGCUGAAUCUUAUAAAGUAGUAGGGGCUAAGCAAAUAAAUAAGUUUGUGCGAAAUAACUUGAUUUGUAGGUUUGGGGUACCCCAUGAGAUAGUAUCAGAUAACGGUACCCAGUUCAAAGGUGAUUUCUUAAAAUUAAUUGCCAAAUUCAAGAAUAAGCAUCGUAAGUCCUCACCAUACAGGCCACAGACUAAUGGAGCAGUAGAAGCAGCAAAAAAGAAUGUGAAAACCAUUCUGAGAAAAAUGGUCGAAACCUAUAAGGAUUGGCCUAAGAAACUCCCUUAUGCUCUUUAG